UAUUGGCCUGAAGCUAUGCUGCGUCCACUGAUAACAAAUGAAAGUGUGAAUGUAGCAGAUCGUCAUGGUAACCGCGCUUUACACAUAGCAGUUGGAAAAGUUAACAUUCAGACUGUCCAGUUGUUAGUGGAUUGUGGAGCAGAUGUAAAUGUAUUGAAUAAACGUGGACAAACAGCACUACAUACAGCAGCUGGUGGAGAGAAAGACUGUCCUGAAUUGUGUUCUAUUUUACUAAAACAUAAUGCCAAGAUUGAUGUAGUGGAUAAAGAUGGAAACCAACCACUACACUUGGCAUGCAGGAGGCUUCACACUGCAACUUGUAGUUUAUUGGUAUCUCAUGGGGCUAACAGAAUGUCUCUAAACAAGAAACAGAAACAACCUGUGGAAUUGGCAAAUAAAUCUGUAAGGAUGAAAUUUAAAGUAGAUAACAGCAAUCAUGCUUUACACAUAGCAUCAAGAAACGCGUACACUGAGACUGUGCAGCUGUUGGUGGAUUGUGGAGCAGAUGUGAAUGUAUUGAAUGAAGAUGGACAAACACCACUACAUACAGCAGCUGGUGGAUUGCUUGGCUGUCUUGAAUUGUGUUCUAUUUUACUAAAACAUAAUGCCAAGAUUGAUGCAGUGGAUAAAGAUGGACAAACACCACUACAUACAGCAGCUGGUGGAGACAAAGACUGUCCUGAAUUGUGUUCUAUUUUACUAAAACAUAAUGCCAAGAUUGAUGCAGUGGAUAAAGAUGGAAACCAACCACUACACUUGGCAUGUGAGGUUGCUUCACGAUCAACAGUUCAACAUCUGUUGGAUUGCAAUGCUGAUGUGUUUGCUACAAAUAAUUCUCAUCAAACUGCUCUGCAUAAGGCAGCUUGUAGCAAGAAAGAUUGCCCUGAGGUUUGUGUGAUGCUCAUAGCAAAGGGAGCUCAAGUGAAUGCUACAGAUGGCAAUGGAGACACAUCUCUACAUGUUGCAUUUCAGAAACGAAAGAUGAACACAAUUAAUGUGUUGUGUGAUGCUGAUUGCAAUGUAUUGAAUGUGUGUGGUGAGACAUUACUGCACUUGGCUUGUAAGAGUUGUGUUGAAUGUGUUGAGUUGUGUGAUAUGUUGAUAUCACAUGGAGUGAACCCUCAUAUAGCUGACAGAGAAGGAAACUUACCUUUACAUGUUGCUUUGAAGAACAGACUUACUAAGACAUUUGGCUGUUUGCUUCAAAAGUCAGGUAAAGCCAAAUUAGAUGACUUACAGAAGGUGACUAUUGAUAAAGAAGAUCUUGUGGCCAUUUUCAGUAGUGCUCAUGAAGCUAACGACAUUAAUACUUGUGGUCAUAUUAUUAAGUUUAGUGCUAAGUUAGACCCUUCAAAUAGAUUAUCUCUGAGAGCACUAAACUGUCAUACAACAAUAGGAUACUCACUCAUUCAGAGAGCAGUGAAAGAGCACAAUAUUACAUUUUGUCAACAAUUGAUUGAUCAUGGCGCAUCUGUAAAUGCAGAUGUACCUCACAGCUAUCGAGAUCGUACUUUUAAGGACCCUCCUCCUUUACAUCUAUCAGUAAAGUUGGGACAUACAGAUUUAUGUCGUUUGCUGAUAGAACACGGUGCUACUAUUGACCCUGAGAUGAAAGGCAGCAUAGGUCCAUUGCAUUUAGCUGUUGUUAAUGAGCAGAAAGAUAUAGCAAGACUUCUUCUGUCUCAUGACGCUGAUUUGAGUAAAGUUGAAAUUAGUGGAGAAUCUGCUUUGAAGAGAUCAGAAAAACAAGGAAAUGUCAAAAUGGCAUCAAUCAUUCAGGCUACUGAAACAUUUCCUGAAGAGAUUGUGUCUCAAGGAGAGACAGCACUGCGUGUCUAUCUGUCAAGUUGUAAUGAGGGAUCAGCAGUGGAUGUGUUUUUACGUGUUGAUGUUGUCGGUCGUGAUGGUGCCGGUAAGACGAGCUUAACAAAAUCUCUCACUCUGCAGAAGUUCAAUCGUGAUGAGCCGAGCACAAGAGGAGUGGUGUUUGAUCCAAAGUGUCAGAUUAUUGUGAAGGAAACAUGUGACUGGACCAACCCUCUCACAAGUGCUGACUACACAGAAAUAUAUGAAAAGAAUGUUGUGAUCAAUAUGACAGAUACACUCGACACACCACAAGUGAAAGAUCAAUAUUUUAAGUCAAAAGAAAGUCCACGACCAAAGAGACGGAAACGCAGACGUGUUGCAAGCAAAUCAUCAAAGCAGGAGUUACAUGAGCAACCUGCUCUUGUUGGCAUGGAGCUUUCACUGCCUCGUGUACCACUUAAUGGUUUUUCUCAGGAGUUGCCUAUUACUUCUCAAAAACCAACAACUUCACCAGUUCCACCACCAUCUGUUGCAUCAGAUUUGUUGGUGUCAUCACAAACGUCGUCAAAUUUGUUGCCAAUUGAUGACUCUAGAAAUUUGUCUGACAUCCCAGUCACAAAUGCAAAAGCAUCAGGUGGUACAGGCAUGCUUGUUGCUACAGCAUGUCCCGUGUUAGAUCAGAUUGAAUCAGAUUUUAGAAAUGUAGACAAUUUAGUUGUCGAAGGAGACACCAAAUCUAUGGCUGGAAGAUAUUCGGUUGAUUUACACAGCAGUCAGGAAAGUAAAGCAGUAAACCAGCAGACAAGCAUUCCAACUGCAAAUUUCCAAUCGGCAAGAAUAAAUGCAACACAAGUGACAUCGACAUUGCCUGGCAGUGUUGACGCUCCUUCUACUGAGAAUACAACUACUGUACCUCAACACAUUCAAGAAAUGGUUUCUAAGACUUUGAGAGACCGAAAGUCUCGUCAAAAGGCUAAGAAAGAAAUCAUGAUUACUGUGUUGGACUAUGCUGGUCAGAAUGUGUUCUAUGUCACACAUCAUUUGAUCAUGUCAAAAGCUGGUUUUAUGUACAUUGUGUUUAAUGCUUCUCUGCCAAUGGACGGCAAAACUCCAUGUCAGUUUCGCUCAGAAGAUGGAAAAAUUAUCCACAUUCCUUUGUUUGAUAACGAAACAAACUUUGAUCGAUUGGAAGAGUGGGUAUCAGGUGUUCAUAUCAUGGAAGGUGAUCAGUCACGUCGUAUCAUGAUAUUUGAGAAAGUAGGAAUCAGAUCACCUGCCAUGUUUCUAGUAGGAACGCAUGUUGAUGAGCUAAAGGAGCAACCAGGGAUGAUGGAGAAACAGGAUGCAUUCAUAAGGAAGAAACUGGAGGGCACAGUGCUGGCAGAGCAUAUCAUAUGGGCAUCUAAAGAUGUAAUGUGUUUCUAUGUGGAUAACACAGUGACAGAUCCAGACAGUGGAGUCGUAGAUCCACAGGUGAAAUUUCUUCGUCAGAAGACAGAGGAGGUGGCUCACAAGGUGGCCCAACAUGACAGAUUGCCCAUCAGAUGGCUCAAGUAUGAGCAGAAGGUACGAGAAGUGAAAGUCUCUUCUCCAACAAAGAAGACAACAACUGUUGAUGAAUUACUGCAGCUUGCCAUGAAUGCUGCUGGAAUCAAAAGUCGAGAGGAGCUGUUGGUGUUGCUGCAGUAUAUGAGUAGUCGUGCAGUGUUGAUGUAUCAUCCCAUGGCAUUGAAGAGUGGAGAUGAUGAAGAAGUCGUGUUAGAUGUGGAAUGGUUUGUAUCACAGCUGCAGAAAGUGAUCACGAUAUACAUGGAAGAUGAUGUUCCUCCCAUGUUAUGGAAUGAUGUAAAACGCAGCAAAGAGAAAGGCAUCAUGACAAUGUCUCUUGUGAGACAUCUUUUAUCAGAUGCCGGUUCUGCUCAACGUCUCAUUGUGUCACUGAUGAGGCACUAUGAUUUGCUCUGUGAGUAUUCUGUUUUGGAGGAGAAUCUGAAGACAGCAAGUGAUUACCAGGAUUUUCUUAGUCUGGAAGGAGGAGGUGAAUCACAUUGUGAAGUCAAACGAGACGUGUUUGAGAGUAAGGCUUGCUUCAUUCCUUGCCUUUUGGAGCAUGCGGCUGUUCUUGAGUCAUGCAAGAUGAAUGAUGAGCUGAAGUCAUUGCCCCUCAUCUUGUCAUCUGCUCCCAUUCGCAUUCCUCAGCCAUUAUUCUACAGAGUACUGACUCUUCUGUGUAAACGUUUUUGUCGCUUGGCAGUUAUUUAUCGCAAUGUGGGCUACUUCCACAUCUAUCCUGGUCAUCGACUGGAGUUUGCUCUCAACAGAUACAACUUUCAAAUGACUGUGUUGUCAGAGACACACGCUCCUCUCAAUGCCAAGGUGUGUGUUGCUGUUCGUGAGUGGAUUGUUGAUGUUGUUGACAAGGCAAAACAGCAAGGAAUGCCGGGAUUGACGUUGCAGUUGGGAUUUGAAUGGGAUGUGCCCACAUUGAAGUCAUCUAACAAUGAGUUCAUCUCUCUGGAUGGAUAUCAACAAUCUCGUUUUCUGCUCUACAGCAAUGUGACAAAACGAGAAGUUGAACCUCCUUCCAGACUUUCCCUUUGGUAUCCACAACUCGAAUGCUCUCAAACUGAAAUAAUGUCAACAGCUUGUGCUUCUCGAAUAUCACAACAUGAUACUGUAACCUAUGAUACACCAGUGGAGUCUCUCAUUGAUGAAUCAACUGCAAAUUGCUUGCUAGAAGUGUCCAAACUUCUAGAUGAAGAUGAUGAUUUAGGAGACGACUGGAGGAGGUUAUGGUCUGAGCUGUUAAACAGACCUGUUAAUGAAGACGUGGUGAGGAAGAGAAGUGAGGGUCCAACUCUUUUUCUGCUAAAGCGAUGGUGCAGCAUGAAACCUCCCAGUGAAGCUACAAUAGGACGGCUGAUGAAGGCUCUCAAUGCAAUAUACAGAAAUAAUGUUGCUCGUGUACUACAAAGACACGUAGAUAUACCACAGCAAGAUGUGACACCUGAGGAGUUAAAUCAUCUUGUUGACAUGAUAGAAGGAUGUUGGCAACAGUUUGCUUCAGUUCUUGCACCCAACCUGUUUAAAGUCACAGGAAAAAUUGCUGCCAUAAAACAAGAUUAUUCUACUUCUGCACUCCAAGCUAAAGCUAUGUUGGAAAUUUGGUGUGACCAACUUGGUGCUAAAUCCCAGCGACACUUACUUAUUGGUGCAUUAAUUCAACAAGGACUAAGAUCUCAGGCAGAUGCUGUGUUUGGAGUAGAAGUUGUGAAGGAGAUCUUGAAAGGUACAAGAACAAGUGGCAAGACAGACUGAUGAGACUAGACAAGAGCAUCUGCAUACACUCGGUGACGAGACAACAUAGGAUCUGUUGUUCACAGCUUGACAUAUGACGGGCUUCAUUCAAGUCUUGAUGCCAAGAAUUCAAGUCUUGAACAGCAAGAUUCUAUAGCUCUAUGAAUUAAGAUAAGAAAACGACUGUCGUACGUGUCAAUAUUAUAAACUGUAGUACAGUGUACAUAUGUGGUGAUGAACGUAUGGUAAAUGCAAGUAGAAAUAUUGCAGUUAAUGUUUGAGUGGCACAUGUUGUAUUGCCAAUCAGUAUGUAUAAUACAACAGAAUGCAGUUUAGAAUACUGUCCAUCUACUGACAUAUGAAGUAGCAGGCCAUCUGUCCAUGUUGGGUUUACAUGGAGGUCUCGGAUGACCACACAGGAUGUACAUACCAAUACACCAAUACAACAUCAGCCGUUGGGUUACAUUCUGCAGUGCUUCUGCUGGACGAUCGCAGGAUUGCCAUCUUCUACAG